AUGGCCCAUUCAUGCCGCCAAUGCCGCUGCCCCAGAUGUCGGUGGGCAUGCAUCCGAACUGCCCGCCACCGGCUUUGUUCGGGUCGUGGGAGGGGUUCGGCCCUCGGCGGCUCCCAUGAUUUUGGGCAACCGAUGCUCCCCAAUGAGGCGAGAACGAGGCCCCUGCCGCCUCCGAAGCCGAGGCAUCAGCUCCAGCUGCGCGAGAUCGCGCCCAGCGAGAGCUCUGAGGUUCUUUCAUCAGAAAUGAAGGUUUCUGGUGUGAAGAGGAAGGCAGAUGCGAGUUAUGCAACUACUAAACCAACAAAACUACAGACUGCUGCCAGGGACUAG